AUGGCAUUGGUUAAACGAUUACUUCCAAGUGGCGUUGGUUCCCGGUCAGGACAGUUGAAAGUAGGAGACCGUCUGCUGUCGUGCAAUGGACGUUCGCUAAGGGGGGUAACUCAGGCUCACUGUUUGAACAUUCUGAAGUCGUCUGGUGAAGAGGUGACAUUAAAACUGUUGAGGCAGGUUCACAAUGACACUCCAAUGGAAAUAUCAGUUACCAUGUCAGACUCAUCGAAUGUGAAAAAGUCUCGAAUGCGAACUCCCGUAUCUGGUGAAAUUAUUCAAACAGACAGUACCAAUAACAACAUUUUAAUAUCAGAUUCAUCUCAUGAGUCUUCAACUGAAAGUGAAGUAUUAAAAAAUAAAAAUGCGGGAAUUUCCGGUUAUUCUUCAUCAGUAAUACAAACCAAUUUUACGGAAUCUUCAACAAACUUUGACAUGUCUUCUCCAACCAAUGAAACGCAAGAUUCAUUAUCUGUGGAAACCAAUGUUAAUAUUGUGUCAUGUGACGAGACAAACUCUAACCAAUCAAAGGAUGCAGGAACUGUUCACCAGCCUCUCUUUGAUAGUCACAUCUCAGCCAACCAAUCAGAUCUCUGCAACAAUUCUGCGGGGGAUAUUUUUCAAACUCCCGUAAGUGACAGAAAAGGAUCUAGACAUGUUCAUUCAAAUGAGAGUAGCGAGUUUGAUUCAGUGUACCAGACUGCUGACAGUACACUAGAAGCUAAUGGAAGUCUGAGCCAUCAAGAAGAUCCGGGGAUACCUCCACCAAUGGAAUUUGCAGACACUCCCGUAAAAUCAAGAAAAGAAACUGGAGAAGAUUCACUGAAAUUUGAAGAGAGUGUUAUUCCAGUCACAAACAUAGAUGAUCUGUUGGAAGAAUCAGAGUCAGAAAUGAUGUCUGCUCCAAAAAAUGAAAACAAUGAAUUUUCCAACAUGGCUAACAAGAGCAGACGCCAUUUGUUGGAGUUAAAUGGAAACACAGAAGAAAUCGUUUCUCGGUCGCAGACGACUUUGAAUUCGGAACCGACUUGUGACUUGCUUCUUGAUAUUGGAUCGAAUGUUUCUUCAAAUGAUAUUCCUGAUAUUGCUCUCAGAAAUGAGGAAUAUUCUGAAAGACAGGAGGAUCUGGUGACUGACAAUAAAACUUCAAAUGAAAAUUUGUUGGAUAAUUUUAACAGUGACAUGACAGCUGAGAUUUCCUAUUCUGGACAUAACCAAAAUGAAAAUGUCUUGAAACCUGAAAGAAACAGAGUUGAGAAUUCUAAGUCCGAGACAGGAAAUUUAUUAGAUUUUGAUGAUUUUAAUGCAAAAAGUGUUGAAAAAGUGGUUUCAAGUGAUGGUGAUGAAGCUAAAAGUGAAACAUUUUCAAAUGUUCCAGCCAGAGAAUUGGAUACAUCUUUGGAUGUCAAUAUAAAAGAAUCAGAAAAAGAACUGAAAUUCCAGACUGAUUUUAUAGCAAAGGAUAAACAAAAUGGUUCUGUUAUCAAAGAAAAUAACAAAACAGCUGGUGUCUGUCAACAGAACGAAAAUAUGGAUUUACCAGACGACCAUAAUGUGACCCAGGUGGGAGUUACCUCCCCUGAUAAUGACUUCUUUUCUCCAGGAAACGUAACAUCAAUUCCAGUUGUCGAUGACAAAACAAACAAAACAAAGGGCAGCACUUGUGAAUCAAAGAAGCCAUUUGUAACGGUGACACCUGUUAACAAUCAGCCAUCGAUAACGACAGUGACCGUGUCAAACGUUAAAGCCGAUAAAGUGGGAGCAGGUACACCGAGUCAACCUGGUACAGAAUUCCACUCUCCGGGGCCUGCAGUAAUCAGCGUGGGUAAUUCACCACAUGAUUCCGAUCACACCGUGAAAAUAUCGGUGGACGGAAACAACGUCCCAGUGGACGCGAGCGUUACCAAACUGACUGCCUCCAAGAGAAAGCAACACAAAAUGAACAUGUCGUCGCCAAUCCACAUACCAAUCCCAUUAGUCCCGGCAGGUGAAGACAACUCUGAUGUUAUUAUUCCUCUGUGUAUGAAAACAAACGAACAGGGUGUCCGAGUCUUUGAAGAAGGAGGAACCGCUCCCACGGUGGGCUCUUCGAAAACGAAAGUUGUCGACGAGACUGCCAGACGAGACCUUGCCUCAAUUUUGUUGGAUCUUUCGCUUUCGUCGCAGAGGUCGGGAGAGAAAUGUUUAAAAGAAUCGUCGGCUGUUGAUGAGGGUGAAAUAGUACCGGAGUGUGUUUCCAGAAAGGAGACAGCCAUUCUUAUGAACGUCUUUGAAAAGUGGCUUCAAGGAGGAGGAAGUGAGAAGGGGUUGUCUCCCUUUAAGAAACUUGUGUCUGGUGUGAUGGAGGUAGAGAGUAAAGAACAAGACAGAACGAAUGUGGUGCUGAAUGUGAACAAAACUUCCAGUUCAAAUCAAAAGGAAGACAUCACAUCAGUGGCCGAAAAAAUAAAUAGUCAAAAUGGCCACAUUGUCACGGUUACCGAGGGAAAAGGUGACAGUUUAAUUCAUAAAACGUUUGUUAAUGUGACGGAUAAACCGAAAACUGAGGUUAAACAUCAGACUUUACUGAAUGUAACAAACAAAAUAUCAGGCAGUGUUUCAGUUCUUCAAAACAAAGAUACACACCAAAGGGAGACAACUGAAAUGAAAUCGAAGUCAACACUUGGAGCUAAAAUUUCUUCACCUCCUUCUUUGACAAAAGACAAAGAUCAACAUGAAAGGGAGAUAACUGAAACCAAAACAAAGGCAACAUUUGGAGCUAAAAUUUCUUCACCUCCACUGACAAAAGACAAAGAUCAACAUGAAAGGGAGAUAACUGAGACAAAAUUAAAACCAACACUGGGUGCUAAAUUUUCUUCACCUCCUUCACUGGAGAGUUCCCACUCCAAACUGGGGUCAUCGUCACUGACGAGAAUCGGACUGCUCGCCCCGGUGAGACCAGGGUCGACUCUGUCCACCACAACAUCCGGUGUCAUGUCUUCUCUUCGACCUCUCAGUCCAUCGAGGGGUCAGUUUAUGGUGAAAACCACGCGGACGGAGUAUCCCAGAGCCAGGCAGGAAGACGGCCCCUUCCAGGUGGAUGUGCUGAAAGGCAUUGUGGGAUUAGGCAUAAAGAUAAAGGUCUCACCAGACGGUUUUGCCAGAGUCGCCGAGAUUCAGAGUAACAGCCCAGUUGCCAGGAAUGGAAGUAUGAAAGUGGGUGAUAUCAUAGUUUCGAUCAACAACACAGAGCUCACCGGUCAGUCCGAUGGGAAAGUUCAGCAGGUCUUGAGAUUAUUACCGCGAGGGCUCGCCAAAAUUGUUGUGUCUGCAGUGCCACCUAGUGGAGAAAUUAAACAAGACAACAACUCCAAUCAAAGUGAAGCUGACGACAUGUCUUACUACCCAGGCAGAACAUCUCCUUUCGGAGUUCGUCUCGGAGCAAAACCAUUUAACGCUGCUGAGACCAAGUCAGUCACAGUUACCUCCCCUUUGUCAAGGGAUAAACCAUUCUUCAACUUAGGAAAUAAGAAAGCAUCUGCAAGUCCAUCUCUAAAAGAUGCAGCCAACAGUAUAGAAGAGGAAAAUGUUCAGUUGAAAAAGCAGGCUUUAUUCCAAGAAACCAAACCCAAUACUAAUGAAUCAUUGGUCAAUAAUGAGCAGGUAAACAGAACAGCAAUACAGUAUGGUGAGGACACGAAAAUAGAGGACAGUGUUUUUGUACCACAGGAAAGCAAGACAUCUUUUGAUACUUUGAAUGGGUCGCCAGUGCCAAAAAUAUCUCCAGUGAGACCUCCGGUUCCAAAAGGAAGGAAAACAUUACAAGAAUCACACACUGAACCAGCUGCAAGUAGAGAACAGACAACUGAUCAGGAAGUCAUGAAAGAUUCCAAGAUGGAGGUAGAAAGAGAAGAAGUGAUGUCCAUGUCGACAGACAUCAAAACAGAAAGUGAACCCACAACCAAAUCCGAGCCAAAUCUUGUAACACUGUCUGAACCAGACCAUAAUGUCCAGGGUAAAAAUUCUCAUCAGUCUGUGAUCCCUGAACAGUUAACAGAAUCAGCCGUCCAUCCAGCAGUUUCUGAAUUGGUGAAAGCUACAAGUGAACCUGAAGGUGUAGCAGAAACAGUUUCUGUGGAAGAGGAAAUGAAAACAAUUGACAAAGUAGAUGGUACAGCUAAGGAAGUUUUUGUUGAGACACCAGUAGCUAAAACGUUUCCAGCAGUUCCACCUAAACCAAAAGGAAGAAAAUCACUACAGGAGGCAAAAGUUGAGUCUCAAGACAAAGAAACACCCAAGGAAGAGAUUUGUGGUGUUAAAAAGUCUCAUAUGUUUGGCCAUCCAGCAGAUAUGGAUCCAAUUGUUGAAGUUUCCACCAAUGGUAAGGUGUUCACUGAAGUUCAUGUCCCUGCUGCCUUGAAGCCACGAGUCCAUGCUGAGGCAGCCUUGGCCAGCAGUGCACAUGCUGACUUUAAGAUGGGAAAGCCAAAAAUCCCUCCAGCAGUGCCACCAAAACCUCAACGAAAAUCAUCAGCAAGUUCAGACAUCUCAACCUCAUCUGUAAAAUCUGAAGCCUCACAUUCAUCAGAGGAAUGUAAACCUGAACCAAGAACAAGGACAUUUUCAAACAGAUCUGAUGCUUCCUUCACUCUGGAGAACGUGAAAGCAGAGAUGAAACCGAGACGGUAUUCAUCGAGUUCCAGCACCUCAUCGCGCUUUGAAGAUGCCACAAGUGAUGAUGAGACCAGCAGCAGCAGGAUGCAGGAGAGGCUCGGCAAGUUUGAGGAUCUUCAGAAUUCUGAGAGUCAUUCGUUGUUGAAGGGCAGGCCAGGAAAGAAACGAAGACACUCAGUUAAGGAGCACAUGGCAAUGUUUGAGUCAAUGCAAAAACAGGACGAGAUCCAGCAUGGCCGGUCCGAAUUAGCAUCUCACAAGAGGUUAAGUGAACAUGAGAAGAAGCAAGAUGAAUCUGCAGAUGUCAAACUCAAUGCAGCACUGUCUCCCAGAUUCAGGGGUCUGCAUAGUGGAAGCUACACAAAAUCUGUUCCAGAGCGAACGCAUGUGUCCUCUUCAGCUCCAGUUUCAUUAACCAAGCCUACAACGUUGACGAAGCUGAAAGGUCUUGUGGUGCCCAUGCACACCAAAAGACAAGACAGUGGCUCUGUAGCUCAAUCUACCAUUCCCCAGGGACUGUAUACCAAAACUACCUCUGUAAACCUGAAUUCUGCUCUAACAGCCAGAAAGAUCUCAGAAGAGGAAACCAUGCCAACAAAGAUGCAUUCUGCUCUGGCACCAAAACGGGCUUCCAGAGAUGAGAUUAAGAUAUUCACUGCAAAACCUUUCCAGGUUUAUUCUAGUGGAGGUACUGGGAGUAGUUCAUCCAGGUUGUCAGGUAAGGUUGAUUUAGAUGUUGUGGGCACAACUGCACCAAAUGACCACUCUGAACAGUCACACAUAUCUAGAUCUCACCCUGAAGCACUUUAUUACAAUUUGCCUGACCUUGCAGUAAAGACAAAACCUAAUUCAGUUGAGGUUGAUGAAGUGAAAGUUGAAUCAAAACAUAUUACAUCUGAACAGGCUGGAAUUAAGUUGGAUGAUGCGACAAUAUCUUGUACUGAUGACACUCUAGAAGCAGAAAAACCAGAGGUCAUAGAGAAGGGUAGUGCUGGUAGUGAUAAAACAGAUUCAAAAGAACCAGGUGAUAUGCUGGAAGCACUCACAGAAAAAUUGGCAAAGGAUUUUGCAGUCUCUAAUACCACAUCAGGUAAUACGCUUCGACAGCUCUCAGAUGAUGUUAAUGCUGACAGUGUUCUAGUAGAUGUCUUGUCACCCUUGAUUAGUGAAAGGUCCAAAACCAUUUCAGAUAACACUCAGCUUAAAAGUAGUGUCUCAGGAAAUGUGAUGGCCGACAACCCUGAAGUACCAUCUGCUGCAGAUGAUGUGUUGACUAAACUGUCAGCUGAUAUAGAAGAUGAUGAACAAAGCAAGACACAGCAAGACACAUCAACAGACUUGCAGCAGCAGGUCUCAGAUAAUGUAAUACCUGAAAAGUCUUCUGACAGAUUGCUACCAUUUGUUAUAGAUCACUUGUUAAUGAAACUCUCAGCUGAUGUUGAAGGAGAUCAAGAAAGCAAGAGACACCAAGAGACAUCAGACUUACUGCAACAAGUAUCAGAGAAAGUCACAGCUGAACAUUUCUCUGACAGCUCUGAAAUGCCAUCAGCUACAGAUGAUGUGUUGGGGAAACUGUCAGCAGAUGUAGAAGGUGAUGAACAAAGUAAGAGGCAGCAAGACACAAGUGACAUGCUGCGACAGGUCUCAGAAAAAGUAAUAGCUGAACAGUUUACUGACAGCUCUGAGGCACCACCAUCUAUUGCAGAACACUUGUUAGAGAAACUAUCAGUAGAUGUGGAAGGUGAUGAUGAAAACAAAAAGCACCAAGAGACAACCAGUUUGUUGCAACAAGUCUCAGAGAAAGUAAUACCUGAACAGUCUUCUAACAGGUCAGUAUCAUCUGCUAUAGAUCACUUGUUACAUAAACUAUCAGCUGCUGAAAUCCCAUCAGCUACAGAUGAUGUGUUGGGGAAACUGUCAGCUGAUGUAGAAGAUGACGAAGAAAGCAAGAGAAAGCAAGAUACAACUGACUUGCUGCAACAAGUCUCAGAGAAAAUGAUUGCUGAAGAUUUCUCAGAAACCAACGAAAUGCCAGCUGCUACAGAUGAUAUCUUAGAGAAACUCUCGGCCGAUGUAGAAGAUGGUGAAGGAAGCAAAGGAGAUAAAACAACUGACCUGCUGCAACAAGUGUCAGAAAAAAUGCUAUGUGAAACUUUUCCUGACAGCUCUGCUGAAGUGGACUUGUUGGGGAAACUCUCAGUUGAUGUAGAAGACGACAGAGAAAACAAGAGACACCACAUUCUUGAAACCAUCACUGAUGCCGAACCAGAAGCUGAUAAUGUGAUUGAUGAAGUUUUGAUGCCUCAAGACACCUUGUGUCUAGAUGAUGUCAUGCUAACAGAGUCCACCGAUGAUCAGAUAAAAGUUGAUACAUCAGAGACCACUAAUGCACUGUUGCUAGAACUAAGUGCCGAAGCUGAAGGGCCUACUGUGGAUGCAGGCACAAAACCUUUUACCACCAAAAAAGCUGAAUCUUCACCUCUUUUGAUGUUUCUGUCAGAAAUGCAGACAACUGCAUCAGAUGAUAAACCUGUCUCUACCGAAUCUCAAAUUCUGUUAAGCAAGCCAAUUUUUUUUCUGAAUGAUGAUGAAUAUGAUGAAGGAAAACAGUCUUCAGAGAUGACAGCAACAGUUCUGGAAUCUUUGAGUCAUGAGGUAAGCAGAGAUGAAGAGAAAAUACCAACCCUAGACCCUGAUGACCCUCAGCUAAACGCCAGGGUAUCCAAGUUAGUUGAGGAGACCAUUGAAGCAGCCAUGGAAGAGAUUGGUGGGAUCCAUCUUCAGACUGGAAACAGAAGUGACCAUUCUGAAGACGAAGAUCUGUCUCAGCAGGAUGACACAGAAGAUGAGGCCCCUCCACCCCCACUGCCAGGAUCUGCCCCACCGCCCUUGCCAACCUCAAAACCACCAGAGUCAUCAACACCAAAGGUAGACCAAAAUAAAAGCUUUGUUGAGGAUAGUACAAACAAUAUGGAUGUCAAGAUUCAAAAUGGUGAUCAAACUUUUAAGAAUUUAUCUACUGAUGAUGAACACAAAGAUAAAGAAUUGUGUAGUGUUGACGUUAUUGGUGAGACUUUGGUGAAGGCAGAGAAGAGCAGUGUCACAAAAUCUUCUAUUCCAGCAAAACCUUCUAGGCUAUUACCUUUGAUUGACGGUUCACAGAUCCCUUCAGAAACAAGUGUGUCAUCAUCAGAGAUAUCUUUACCGAUGGAUGUUCAGCAUUCCACUAAUCAGUUAGACAUUGAUACUUCAUUUCCUUCACAGAAGGAAGCUUCUCAGGUAUCCACUGAAUAUGGUUCCACCAUUCCAUCGCAGUUGUCUCCCAUGAGUCAGAGUUCUGAUUCAGGAGUUGUGGACAUCAGAAAUACUUCUGUUGACAUUGAUGCUGAUGCAGAUGCAAGUACUAGUGAGACUCUGAUAGACGAGUUUGAUGCUUUAAGUCCAACGAAAGAUCAGAAUAAGAAAGAAUUAUUCCAAAUGGAAAGACAGCAAAGCAAUGAGGAGUCCAUUGCAGCCUUUGAUUUGCUGAUUGAUUUUAAUCAGACCCAGAAAAGUGAUGUUGUAACACAGAUGCAGGGCGAUGUUGACCAUCAUACUGUGUCUUCAGAUGACUGUGCAUCAUCGGCUUUUAAAGUAAUGAGUGACAAAAAGACCAGUGAAAGUGCAAUAAUGAAUUCAGAUAAUGGUGCUGUUGAUACAUGCAAGGAUAGUUUAGUGAAUCAACCAAUGACUACCUCAGUCUUAGCUGACAGUGAUCCCGAGUCACGGCCAACAGAAGAAAAGAAAGAUCUUGGUACCACUGAGAAUGAAGUUCCAGAUAUUCCUGCCAGGUUUGAUAAUAACCAACAUGAUGUUGAUCAGUCAGUUGUUACUUCAGAUGUGAGCUUGCAUGCAGACUCAAGUCUGAGUUCUUUAGAUACGAUUGUACAGCCACACACAGCACUUCUUUCUCACUCAGAUAUUUCACCCUUAUCACCACAAGAAACUGCACAAGAACCACCUGUACACACAGAACGGUCUCUGAAUGUUGUUGUCUCUGAAAGUCGGGACUCUCUGAAUGUGAACACUCGAGCACCAUCACGGCCGGUACCCACACACAUUAUUGAGACCAGCAUGCAUGAGACUGUGUCAGAGAGCCACGACUCACAUGCACAGAUGAUGUACACAGACUCACUUGGGCAUGAUGUCAGUGAAAGCAAUGCUGCUGCUGCUGCUGCUGCACCAGGUCCUUCAUCACAUGAUGAUGGUGUUCUCAAUUCUGAAACCCAUGAUGAUCUUUCUAAUAUUCAGGUCUCAAGCGCCCAAGAAUCGGUCGCAAAAGAGAACGGUGUACUCCCAUCACAAACUGUUGAUGGUGAUGAUGCUUCCAAAGAAAUGGAGAGUCACACUCCCAUUCCCAUUAGUGAACCUUGUGAUACUUCUUCAAGUGCUGAUGAUCUGAACACAUCAAAAGAUGUUAGCAGCUCAAAACAUUCUAGUGAAAAUAUUGAAAAAUCAAGUCUUUCAAAUACAAAGUCGUCUGUUACAAUUUCAAGCAGACGCAAGUGGAAAGUGCUAUGGAAACCAAAAGACUCAGUUGUUCAGGUAUAUACUUCUGUGGCUGAUGGUGCCAAGGAGUGGAUGGUGUCUCCAGAAGAGAUGAAGAUGUCUGUUGACCUUGCUAACAGGAUGAUGGACAGAGCUGGCCAGGCUGAGGAAGAUGAAAUAAGGCUCGUGGUAUUGAAGAAGGAGGUUGGAGUGAAAGCUGGGAUUGAACUGAGAAAUGGAGCCCAUGGUACCAAAAUGGUUUCCAAGGUUACCGAGAAUGGACUUGCAGACAAGAGUGGAUUGAUACAUGUGGGAGACUCUGUGUGGUCGGUCUGUGGCAAGUCGGUGAAUGGUCUGUCCACCACAGACCUACACAACCUUCUUGAUGCCCAGUCCUGUCUGCUGCUGGCACUGUCAAAGGGAAAUAACUCUGUCACUUCUCCAUCAAAAGAAAAAUCAUCAACAGAGUUACCAGCUUCACCAACUCCUUCAGCUCCAGUGUCUUUGCCAAAUUCUCCAACCUCAAGUGAGUUGCCGCCCCCUGUUGUGUUGGAGCCAGGAGUGUUUGACAUCACCAUGCACAAGGGUGUCACCGGAGUGGGCUUCUGUCUGGAGGGAGGACUGGGCUCACCCCGGGGAAACCUCCCUAUCACUAUCAAGAGAAUCUUUAAAGGAGGUCCUGCUGACAAGUGUGGUCAUUUGAAGGUCAAGGAUGAGAUCCUGAAGGUGAAUGACAUAGAUUUUACCGAAAUGCGUCACUAUGAAGCGUGGAAUCACCUCAAGUUCCUGCCAGACGGGCCGGUGCAUCUCAUAAUCAGACGUAAAACGUAGUAACAUUCGUAACCUUGUACAACUGACAAAACAAAGCAUAAAAAUAUAUACAGCCAAACGUGUCUUUAAAGGACACCCUUAAAAAGACAUUUUAAUUGUCCUUAAUAUGGAGGUUGCCUUUGUACACAAAGUAAACACAGUGAAUAUAUACAGUGUAAAAAUAUAGUAGGACCCAGUUAUAAAGGACACCCACAUAAUAGUUUUAAUUGUUCUUUGGGUGCAUAUGACCUUUAUAUAGAGGGUGAAAUUUUGAAGGUACAUUAACCUGUUCAAUAAAGGAUACACAUUAAAAACUUAAAACUGCCCUCUAUGUGAAAGUGGUCUUCAUAUGGUGGGUAAACAGACAUUUGUAUGCAGAAUGAAUAUAUUUGUUGUGCCCAGAACAGACAAGUGAUUGUUAUACACGUGACCCACAGAGUAUAUUUGAAAAGGGGAGCACUGUCAUUGUCAUGUUUUUAUAAUCAUGGAGUCUGGUCUUUAAAUGAAGUGCCCUUUAUAGACAGGUUUGGCUGUACAUUAUCAGCUUGUGUGCAAUGUGAUGUGUGAGAUGUUUAGAUUCAUUAGACCAUGUUACAUGUUGUGAGGUUUAGAUAAGUGGUUGAAUGUGUUUAAAACAAGAUAUAAAUUGUGAUGUGCUUAUAUAAUUUAGUAGAUAUGUCAUAUGUUUUAACAUUAGUCUGUUACAUCCUUAAAAAAAAUUAAAUGCCCAUAUGAAGUACAAAUGUACAUGUAUGUUGUGCAACAGUAGGAAAUGUGAUGAUGCUAUAAAUAUACUGAAUAUAUUAUACAUAUUUAAUUAUUUUAUUUUAUUGUAUUUAGUUUUUAUUUUAAAUCCAUGAAGUGGGUCAUGGUAAAAUGUAUGCUUAUUGCUGGUUUUAUUCAUGACUCCAGAACCCAACAAAAUUGUUAUUAUAAAAUUUAUCAUAUAAAAAUAAAUUUACAAGAUCAAACCAUAAAUUCAUUAAAUGUUUAGAACUGUUUUGUUUUCAAAACAGUGAACCACAAUGUAAUUUACCUUUUAAGGAAUUGAUUAAAGUUGGUUAUUCAAGUGUAUUAAAAAUGAAUGUAGCACCUAUUGUGAUUUUUAUUAAUUAGAUUUUUGUCAGAUGUAAUGAACAGAAAUUGAAUGACAAUACAUUUUACCUUUGAAACAAUAUAAUUAUAUCUGUUGUUCAUUUGAGGAAUUAUUUUCCUUACAUGUGUAUUAGAAAAUUAUAUAUUAGAGUUAUUCCCCUUUACACAAUAGCAAUAACCCUAAUGUGACUAUUUUAUGGAAUGUACAUGUGUAGUACAUGUAUUAUAACAUAUAACAGACUGGUGCAAACAGAUAUGUAAUUACUAGUUAGAUAAUUAUAUUUAUGAUGAGAUUAUUAACUACAGGUAAUUUGAACAAAGAAUUUUGUAUGCAAAUGUUUGAUAGUGUAAUAUACUAUUUUAAAUUAACGUUAUUUUGUGUUUGUAACUUAUAUUAUGUAUUAUUGAUAUCAAUUUGUAUUUAAUAAAUUAUGAUGUGCUUUUAUUUUUGUAAUACUGUAAACAAAAAAUGUGAAUGACAAAACCACUAAUAUUAUAAAACUGAUGUCGGUUUUUUCUCAUUGCUGUCUUCAGAAGAUUCAGCUCUCCUGGCCACCCCACUUCUGAUGCCUUUGACAGGCAGUAAAUUAAUUUUAAUAUAAAAAUGAUAAUAUCUUUAUGAAUUAAUUUUAAUAUAAAAAGUGAUAUAAAGUAAUACUAUAUCUCUAUGACAUGCAUUGAUGUUUAAUUAAUUUUAAUAUAAAAAGUGAUAUAAAAUAAUACUAUAUCUCUAUGACAUGCAUUGAUGUUUAAUUAACCAGAGAGAGAUUUAACCACUCAGUAAGUAGAUAUAUGGCCACUAGACCGAAUUCUACUGGUAUAUCACUAGCUAGGUAUUGACACUCUGUUCUAGAUAGACAGCCCAGAUAGCUGAAGUGUUGGCCAAGGACAGCAUGCUUGAACCUGAAUUGGAUAUAUACAAAUAAAAAUUUAGUUAAAAUAAAGUGUUUCAAACGACUAUACAUAUGCUGGGCAAAUAUUGAACUGCCAAAUAUCUGAAAAUGGACAUCCCAAACGUGACUAAAUAUGAACAACAUUUUGUGUUUUUAUUACAAAAUACACAACAGGUUGGCUGUGCUGAACCACUUUGAUCACAUACAAUUGUGCUUUUGUUUACUAGAUAAACAAAACUGCAUAUUUAUAUUCUAAUAAUUUGAAAUCUAUUGUGUAAUAUGUUUGCAAGAAAUCAUUAAAAAACAUUUUUUAUUUAUUAAAAUAUUUUAUACAUUUUGUCAGGUUAUUGUUUAUUACGUGUAAAUAUUUGUUGUAUAUGUGUUGUGUACUGAAACUUAACAUUAAUUAUACUACCGUAUUCCCCUCUAUAAUUACGACCACAUUUCAAAUAAAUAUUUGUUGUAUAUGUCUUGUAUACUGAAACUUAACAUUAAUUAUACGUGUACUACCGUAUUCCCCUCUAUAAUUACGACCACAUUUCAAAUAAAUUAUUUUUAUAUACUAUAUGAAGAAAACUAAUAAAGAAACUAAAUAUAUGGGACCAACUCAUUAAGUUAGUAAUAUUUUACUGGUAUUAUAAUAUUGUACUAGUAUGGUAAUCAGUGCACAAUUUUUAUGCGGAACCGGUAGCCUGGUACUCACAAAACCAUGCCUUUAUAUAUCAUUUCUAAUAGUGUCCUGUAUUUUGUUCAGUGAUAAUACAUAUUUAAUAUCUAUGUUUUUUAAAGGAAUCUCGCACUUUUUGAUGGUGAAUAGUCAGAUAGAAAAACACUGGAAAUAGAAUUGUUUUUCUAGCUUACACAUAUAUCAGUUUGAGGUUUGAUUCAACACAUAGAAUCAGCUGAAUUUUUCAAGUAAAACUGAAAGUCAGGCAGACACACACAUUUGUAUGUUUGGUUUAUCACUGUUUGGUGUACCAGGUGUUGACAAUAACUGUUUUCAGUAGUAGCCCACCAGGCUACCACGUUAUGAAAUCUGGUAGCCAUCAGUAAAGGUAAGAGUAAAAAGUAAAAUCAUUUAUUUAAAUAUUUAAACAUGUUUUUUUUAGUUUUUUUUUAGAUGUCUUUAGAUGUUUAAGUGUCUUGUUGAUUGCGGAGUAACUGGAUGUGCAAAAUAAUCUAGUAGCCCGGUGAACUACUGGGUUUAGACAUCUGGUAGUCCAAGUGACAAAUCAGUGGACAAAACACCCUGGACUACUGCUAAAGUCAUGCCCCCCUGACUGUACUACUCUUUAAUGGUGUUUUAUUAAUGACACACUGUAGGUCUCACUAGAUUGGUGGGGUGGGGUGGGGAGGGGGGCUCACUAUAUCUGCAGUACCCCGGUAUGUCCAUUUGGCUCUUGAUUUUUCACUCAGAUUUGUGCACUGUGCCACUGGUAAUGUUCAUUUCAUCUUAAAACAACAUUAUUGUCAAUAUCAUUAUUGAGUGAUGUACAAUGUAUAUUUUAUCGCGAGUACUCUGCCGUUAGAGAGCUAGAAAAUGGACAUUUAGAUGAAAGUGAUUAUAACUGUCCAAAUGUCCGUCUAACUUCCUAAUGACUUGGGCUACAUAUAUUUAUACUGUAAAUACACAAUGUAAUAAUAACUCUUAUUUUAAUAAUGACUUGUAAUAUUGUUCUCAAUUGAAUAGUGUUAUUCUUUGUACAUAAAAUUUAACAAACAAAACAAUUUUGAUACAACAAAAUCUGUAUUGGUCUGACAUCAAUUUGUUUUCAAGUAUGUAUCUAUAAAAGAGUAUUUAGCCUAUAAAAGAUAAGAUUCCAUAAAUAUUAAAUUAUCAUUAACAUUAUUAUUAAAUUGACGACGUCAAUAUGUUAUGUUAAUCAGGUCAGUAUAUUAUUUUGAUGAGGUAAACAAAUUUUCAUAUUGUUACGUGUAAAUAAAUCUGUCCUGUGUCUCAUUUGCGUAUUAUUGUAUGGCUAUCAUUAAGUAUGUAUUAUGGGGGGGUCAAGGGGGACAGCAAUCCCCUGCUCAUGAGGGAUUUUUUUCACACUUAUUUUAAAAUGUAUCCACCACUAAUAUACAAUGUAAUUAAAAUAAGUUCUAAGAAAACACUCCCCUGUAAAUAUCCUGGACACACCCCUCUGUAAAAUAUCCUGGACACUCCCCCCACACCAAAACACCUGGAUUUGCACCUGGUAUUUAUAUGCUAUGAGCUUAUCUUAUAUAACACUGAGCUGUAACGCUAUAGUAAAGUAACCGGUAAACAUUUAUAUUAAACUCACUACACAAACUUUCAAACAUAUAAUUUUAACGUUACAUGUUUCAUUUCUCUGUAAGAUAUUUCUAAUAUAUCAUGUCUGUUCAUCAUCAGUUAUUCACAAUAACCUGUUGUAAUACUAGAAGAAUGUUUGGUGCAAACUAUAAUAUUUGGAGAAUGGAAAAUCAUAUUGUGACGAUAUAUUACCUAGUUUUAAAAAAAAGCUAAAAAUCAUUAUUUGGAAUAAUCGAGAGGUGGUACAAUUUUACACAAACUCAGUCUUUUUAAAAUGUUGUUUUAACCAAUUAAAUAAACCAGAUGUUAGAUAAACUGUUAGAUGCAUCAUUGUUUGGUUGCAUUAUAGAUAUCCAUGUUUUGGUUGAAACAUAACAUUUUCAGGUUUUAUUUAUGAUUAAAUAUCAAUUCCAUUAAAGUUAAUUUAUUUUGCAUAAUAUAUUUUUAGCUAUAUUUCAUUGGCUAUUUAAAACAUAAAAAUAGUCUCAAUUUUACCUUUGAUUUGAGAAAGGGGAUAUUUGGAACGUAGUGACAUUUUAUGUGGGGUUUUUUGUUUUUGCUUUUUGUUUGUUUUUUUGUUGUUGUUUUUAAAGAAGAUUUGCGGCUGUAGAUCUAACUAGUAUAAUGAUAGUGAAUAUAAUUACAGUCUUAUGGGCUUCUAUGUCAAAUACACUACAGUGACUGAGCCGCUUAAUAACGCGAAAGCUGUACGAACAAAUAAUUACGUGUAAACAUGGACACAACGAAAAAUAAAAUGUUUAUUUGAGGGACCUAAGAGAAUCGUCUUUUCUGGACCAAUGAGAUAUUUUUUCUCUAUUUUGCUAUUUGCUAUACAUGUACGUGUAUGAUAUGUAUCUCAACAGUUUACAGUAACCAGAAUAAACUAUUUAUAUCAAUGAA